CCGCCGGCUGGGCUGCAGCGGGUCUUGGGCUGACCCACGCGCAGUUGGCGGCCCCGCAGGGGCGGAUGGACGGCCUCCGUGGGGCCAGGGCGGCGAGGUAUGGCGAGGGUGAUGAGGAUGAGGAAGAGGAGCUAGAGGGCGGCCCUGGGGCCACAAAGGAGUCCAGACUGCCUCCCAUCUCCAGCCGCGCCCCAGAGCCCAAACGGAAGGGGAAGAAGAAAAAGAAGAAGAGAAAGACUGAGAGGUCAGGCAAGGGAGACGAUAAACAUCACAGCCGAAGCCUAAAGCAUCAGCAGCUGUCUUCAUCUUUCCACGAUGUCCUGAGUCCCGGCAAAGAUCAUGGCCCGAGACCAGAGCACAGGCAGGACAAAGAGCCAAACCAGCUCGCCCCUUCUUUCUCCUCCUCCGUCAAUCUCCCCAACUUUGGCAAAUUAGAAGAGAAACUCUCCAACAAGAUCAACGAGAGUCUGCGUUGGGAUGGAAUUCUCGCCGACCCAGAGGCAGAAAAGGAGCGGAUUCGCAUAUACAAGCUCAACCGGAGGAAGCGGUACCGGAUCCUGGCCCUCAAGGGCAUCCACUCUGACCCCUGUGCCGAGGAGAAGCCGGAGAACCCAGCCUGUCCCUCCCAGGACAGCACCAACAGCAGGCAGCUCGCGUUGAAAGUCGCCGGCCCUGACGACUACCUGGAGGGAAGCCUGGCCCUGGGGCUCCCACACUGAUCUGGUCGCCACUCUGUCCGAGUGAAAACCCACCCGUGAGACUGACAAGCUUAUCCUUUAUCCUUAC